AUUUAACCACGUGACAAGCACACCACAACACCGUGUUGUCAACACGUUAAAUGAGCUUCAAUACCAGUAGUUAAGUUUUUAUUUAUUCUGUUGAAUUGUUUUGCUAUUAGCUGUUUAUUGUUUGGUGAUUUUAACUUUUUAUUAGUUAUUUAAGAAAAUAAAUUGCUCAAAAUGUCCAAGCUAAUGAUUAAACAGUAUAAAACUGUCCAUAAAAAUUUGAUCAAGGAAUCAGCUGACCUUAAAACUAUUGCUGCUGCUGUUCAACUGUUUAAACAAUGUGUAGCACAAUUUGCUGAAGCUGGUAGUGAUGAUUAUGAGGAUGAACCAAUAAACCCAGAAUUACUUCAAAAUGUUAUUCAAAUGUGUAUGAUUGACCUUCUUCCAGCAAUUCAUAAAUUUCUCAGAUUACCCUCACCAACUGCUAAAAAUGAAGAAAGUCCUGAUACUAAACCAUUAGAUCCAUCAAAAAGCAAAAAAUGGGCAAAGAUGGUUGGAUGUAUGAAAGUUUAUUUGAGCUCUUUGCUCAAGUUGAUGGACACAGUUGCUCAAGACUCUGUGUUGACCAAACUACUCCGUCAUACACUCUAUUUGAUACCUUUCUUUUCGCAAUAUUUAAAUCUCUCUAAGAACUUGCUCAAAAGAGUCAUGGUCAUUUGGAGUCAAGAUGAUGAGAAAAAUCGGGUUCUGGCUUUCUUGAUAAUUCUAAGAAUAAUAAGACGGCAUGAUUCCACAAUGAUUAGUUUCAUUAUGAAGAAACUUUACCUGGCUUACAUUAAAAACUGCAAACUAGUUUCCAAAGAGACAUGGCCUAUGAUAAAUUUUAUGCAACAGUCUCUUGUUGAGCUAUAUUCUCUUGAUCAAGGGGUUGCUUAUCAACAUGCCUUCAUCUUCAUCCGACAAUGUGCUAUUGCUCUUCGAAAUGCUUCUGCAUCAACCGAACAGGAUGCAUUCAAAACUGUAUAUAACUGGCAAUACCUUCAAUCAUUACUUCUUUGGUCACGUUUGCUUACGAAUUUACACCCUAGUGAAGUUUUAAAGCCACUAAUUCAUCCAUUAGUCCAAGUUUUCAUGGGAACUAUAAAGCAUUUGUCGGUUGCUCGCUAUUUUCCUUUGAGAUUGCAUAUUGUUAAAGCUUUGAUCCGACUAUCAACCACGACAAACACUUUUAUACCUGUUCUACCCUUAAUUACUGAUGUCCUUGAUGCUACCAAUUACGAGAAGAAGUUUAAAGUUACUCAAAAGAAAAAUAAAAUCGAUUUUGAUUGUUUAACUAGAGUUUCCCAAAAUUUAACGGACGAGAAAUUAUUUGUCGAUGGGUGCAUCAACAAAUCUCACGAGUUAUUGCUUGAAUAUCUUUCUCAUCAAUCUCAUUCUAUUGCUUUCCCUGAACUAUCAUAUUUCACACUGCGUAAAAUAAAAAAAUUUGUCAAGAAAUGUACUGUUGCUUCGCAUGGUAAAAUGAUGAAAAAGCUGGCUGAAAAAAUCGAAGAGACUUCAAAAUUAGUUGAAGAAAAAAGGCAACAUGUUAAUUUCUCGCUGAAAGAUCAAAACGCUAUUAAUCAAUGGCAAAGUGAAAUUAAGGAUAAAGGAACGCCUUUAUCUAAAUAUUUAAUAGAAUGGAGAAAAAUGAAAGAAGCUGAAUCAAAAGUUGAGCAAAACCAUGAUGAUGAUAAUGAUGAUAACGAUAACUAUAAUGAUGAUGACGAUGAAAUUAUGAACGAAGACAACGAAGAAGAUGACGAAGAUCAAGGAGAUAGUGAAUCAGAGCCCGAACACACACCACCUCCGAAGAAAAAGAAGAGAAAAAAUUAAUUUAAUUUUUGUCUCACAAAUUGUCCAUUAAACGUUUCGUAUGUUUAGAAAUUGUUACGAUAAUAAAAUAUUUUGGUGACACGAUUCUCUAUCUAUUGGUUCAAUAAAAACUACUGGAUUGUAUAUGAAUUUAA